AUGGCUUCCAUCAAAAAUGCAAAAACAUGCAGUGACCAUUUCUGUAAUAAAGAUUAUAAGGGUUAUGAUGGAGAAAGGAAGGUAACGCUGAAGAAAGCAUUCCCAUGUUUUCAAUUUAAAAAAAUUAGAACAUAUGACUCUGAUCAAAAAUCAUUCGCGUUGACACUGCAUUUGUAUGGGCAUAAGGCAUAUGAUUAUCUUUGGACAAAUGGCUUACAUCUUCCUCACACUAGGACAUUAAGAAAAGUAGAAGCAGAAUAUUUUUUUGAUUUUUUUCCGUAUGCACCACGCGGUCACGAAAAUCAAAAUAUUUCUAUUCGAUUUGCAAAUCUUUUCAAAAUCAUUAUGCAAACUCAAGCUUUGAGGGAUUUUGUAAAUGAAAAGUAUUCAAGACCUUCAGCACCCCUACUGAACGGUUUUGUUUAUUUUCUUAUACAAAAACAACUGAAGAAAAUUCCUGUAUGGGUUAAAAUUAUGGAAGAGCUGGAAAGCUUCAACAUUGUGUUCAGUGCAAAGAUCUGGAAUGUAAAAACAAGAAUUAAAUUAAUUCAUAAACAAUUAACCACUUUUAAACUUAAUCUAGGUAGAACAUGGGAUCAGGUUGUUCAAUAUCUUGAAGAACCCUUCUACUUUCAGCCCAUUGGUGACUCAGAGAAACAGCCAGUGCAUUGUGGUCAGCCAACCAAUCUGAACCCAGAAGCUCCUUCAUGCAGUUCAACAGAUGCCCAAGUCUGCGAGAUCCGAUCAACCACGAGUGCCCAACUGCCAAAAAGGAAAGUUCCGCAAAUCAAACACAUUUGUAAAAGUUGUAUUGCUAAAAAUUUAAGAAUUAAAAAUUAUAAACAAACAAUUUUUAGAUUAAAACAAAGAAUAGAUAAACUUUCUAGUUUUCAGAGAACCAAAUGGAGAUUACAGCACUUGGCCAAAAGAAGACUGGAUUCUGUAGAUCACUGGAAGUCAAAGUACCAUAGAGAAAAAGACAUGAAUUCACAGGCGGUUUCAUCCAAUGCAACAACAAUAAAAAGUCUUCGAAUUAGCCGAUCACAAAUUCGAAAAUGUCAAAGAAGAUCACAAGAUAGACAGGUCUUUUUUUUGUACUUUCCUAAAAUAACAUUCUUUAGAAACAACAAUAGAAACGAAAUAACAAAGUCAUUAUGGAUUGGGAUCAAUCAAGAAGAAGUCAUAGUGCAAUUUCAAGCUCUAGGCAUCAUUGGGAAGAUUAUCACCGGCCCAUGGAUGACGUUGGUAUACCGUAACAUACGUGGCCUCUCAAACUUGGAAAUGGGCUCUGUUUUUCAAUUGGGCAAGUCAGUGAUUGAGGGGGUGCUACACCACCCAGCAGAAGUUAUGCUGAUGAAAACUGAUGUGUUUGGUCACCCUCUUGAAGAAGAUGAUGUGCACUUGUCUCUGAUGAACAAAGUGUAUAACAAUGAUAUGUUAUAUAAACUUUUGAUCUCUCUUAUGCAAAGUGUCAUAGAGGUCAUGGAGAGACAGAUGGGAAACUACCUCACUGGAGAGUUGUCUAACCCUGCUCCUCAGAUGAUUGCAGACACCAGCUCAGCACCUCCUCACAACAUCCAUGCGGAAAGAACCCUUGGCUUGUCUGAUUUUUUCAUAAGAAAAUCACCUUAUGCCACCAUAGGUUUUGUAGAUGCAAAAGUGAAGGCAAAGAUGAACCACACCAUGGAUUGGUUGGAUGCCAAAUCGGAGCAGGAGCAAAACAAAAUCAUCAAGUUUGCCAUUACAAGGGGUGCAAAGGUUCGGCACAUCUCCAAAGACACUGAGAGGCAGACUGACCUUGCCAUCCUGGAAAGAAGAAGACAACUUAGUCAAAAAACCGAGGACAAAGACCGCAAGAAGACUGAACAUGCAGUCCUCAAGUUGUUGAUUAAUAAUGGAAAUUCUAAUGAUCCAUUAUUUGCCAGCCUUGAUAAACAGCAAAAAGUCUUUCUUGACGACAUCCUUGCUGGAAGACAAUUGAUAGGCAAACUUCUCUACCACAAAUGGUCCAUGGGUGAGAAAGAGGAAUCUAGGUUCAUUGGCAGGAUUCAAGACAGGAAGAAGAAGAAAAAAGACACGUUCACCAUCAGCUACUGGGAGGUAGACGAAGAAUCUGCUGAAGACCACAAGUUACCAGUAGAAAGUCUCAUAACAGACCUGAUCAAUGGAGACCUGGAAUUCUUCACCUGA